AUGUGGGCUUCAGUAUUCAGGUCGGCAUCUUUAGCGGCACUCUGCUCUGGGUUUCUUGGGUGCCAAGCCCUCCAAGGCUGGCCGAAACAGGGAACUAUAGUUCAAGGCAAUGCUGUGCAAUUCGAUCAAGCAACAUGGCAACGCAAUCUUGCCAAGCCUAACUCAACAGGCAGUUUUCCCGUUUCUGGCUUUGACAUCUCAAAGAACUAUUCAAGCCAAACAAUAGAUGGCUGGAGGCUAUCCGUCAAUGUGAGCAGCGGCAUACCGGACUCAGAGACAUUGAACCCAGGCAAUGGGAGCGGCCAGGUGUUCACGGGCACCAGUAUAUUUCUGCAAGCGCCUAGAGAUGUUGUCAACAAUAUCGACUCGGAUCAGAGCACAACACUGGACACCCCGUGGAAGAUCUGCGUUACGGUUGUUUCAAACGGACCGCAAGUAGAUCCCUCAACGGCCGACAAUGGGACCUGCAGCGGGUUCAGUUCUCAGUGUAUAUCGGAUCUGCAGCAGGCCUUCGCAGAUAAAUUUGCGGAGAAUCAAGACUGCUAUAGGCUUCCACCUGACCCUGCAAGCUGUGGCAGCGCUUUUAAUUCUGGGAAUCUGACCACUCAACAGUUUCCAAUCAGUUACGCGAACGGAACGGAGAUUUUCGCCACCGCAUCUGACGCCCACGAUUCCAGCAACACUACAGCCUAUGAUGCUGCAGUGAGAACAGAGUGGCCAGUGCUCGUCGUUUGGGGAUGGAACAUCCGGGCCCACGUUUCUGGUGAUCAGAAGCCGACUGUGCAGUUGACGUGCAUCAGAGCCAACGAAGCGGUGUCAGGGACCAACACAUCGUCAUCGCAGUCACUUCCUCGUGCCUCUCCAGUUAUCGCAGUAUCUGUCGCAAUAGCCGUGGGUCUGAUGCUCUUCUAG